GGAGAAUUUGUUCUGUUUGUCACAUGACCAGUGGAGGAUGGGUAAACCCUCUACUUUGCAAGAGAUUCAAGGCUAUUUCAGCCAAUGUUGUGUGUUUUUCUAGAUACGUUUUAGGAGCUGGAUUACUUGGUAAUUCCGUUGCUCCUUAUCUUUCUGAAAGUGUUAUAGUGAAGUUUCACUUUUUCCAUUUAAAGCUUCGUGGUCUUUUCAUGUGGCUCAUUUUUCUGUAUUGGUUAAUCAAGAGCAGUGAUCAUUCAAUUGAAAUUGCCUUGUUUUGUGAAGAUUGGCAAGUUAUCAUAAAGUUAAACUCUCUAGUGUUGCCAAUCUCUAUAUUCUUGAUACUUGGAAAUUGCUUGAAACUCUUGAAAUCCAUCUUGAAUCUUUCUUGAUAUUGCUUGUUACUUGUUCUUGAAACUGAAAUCCAGAAAUGGAUAAUGGUUAUUGAAAUCCUCAUUAUCUUGAUUUUUGUCUGGAAUUAAUUCUUGCAUUGUUCUUGGAAUCUAGUUUGAGUUGUCCUUGAAAACGUUCUUGUUCUGACUCUGCUCUUGCUCAAAUUUUGUAUACUGCUCUUGCUUGAAUCUUGAAUAUUCUGCUAGUUCUUGUGUCAGUAUACAUGUUGAUCUUCUUGAUUCUUGGUUUUUGUUCAUAUGGACACCUCUUUAGGAGGGGUGACGAUUAUCAGAAGAUACCUAUAUGAGGUAUUCUAAAUUCUUGUCUCUUGCAAGUGUUAAUCUUUGUAUCCUUGAUGCCUUAGCUUUGACUUGACUUUAGGAUGUCUAGGCUAAGCAGAUUGUAGCCUCCAUGAGCUACGAGGUGAAAGGGGUAGUCCUUGAAAUACUUGAUGCCUAGAGUUUUGUUCCAAGUGAAAUGGUUCUUUGAUCUGGCUGCUUGGAUUUUUGUUUGCCCUUUUAUUUAGAAGACAUGAAUCUUCUAAGCACCUUGAUCCCAGCCAUUGCUUUGUUCUGUUAAUUAAUUCUAGUACUUGAGGUGCUAGAUCUUGACAUCCUGAUUAUCUCUGCUUUUGAAUCCUUGUUCUCAUUGUCAUUAUUGAAAUCUCUUUUGUGGGCCUAAUUUUUGGAAUUCUAUUGCUUGUUUCAUGGUUAACUCUUGUCUCUCAAUUUUGAUUGCUUGGUUAAAUUUGAUCUUGAUUAUUGGUGAAUGCCGUUUUGUUGCUAAUUUUUGAGGCAUUCUACCUUGUACUCUUUUGUUCCAAUAUUCUUCCAAGCAUUCAUAUUUUCCAUUGAUGUUAUUCUGUUGCAAUUCUUGAGAUUCUUACAUGUCUUUUGAUGGUCCUAGCUUUUAACUCUUGUUAAUUGCUAGAAUCUGUUUCUUGAUUCCAACUGCUUUGUUAAACAUGAGCUUGUUUAUUGGUUAACCUUGUUUUG